CCAUGCAUUGCUGCUCUCCUCAAUUUUACCUUGUACGUACGUAUCGAAGCCACCUCACUCUUUUCUCCCUUCCCAUUGUGUGACUACAAUUCAUACUCUCUCCAUCACCUUCGAGAAGUUCUUACAUACCCAAGUCUGCCAAUCUCUUCCGGAUCGCUGCUGCUUGCUGUGGUACAGCUGAUCCGUCUCUCCAAGUCAGACAUUUUAGCAUCAUGGCAACUCUCAACCUCUCGGCUAACGGGCCAUCCAUCACAAAAAGCUACCAGAACGUCGUCAACGCAACCCUCACAUCCGCCGGCCCCGCGGCCUCCCCCACCUACGGCCAGUGGGCUCUUUUCUCGGUUGCUGCACCGCUUGUUAGCGCCUUCCAGCAGGACGCCGGUAAAGAGAGCGUCCUGAAGGUGCAAACUACUGGAGAAGGAGAGUUGGUGGACCUUUUGGAGGAGUUUUCCGAUGGCCGGAUCCAAUUUGCAUUCGUUAAGGUCAAGGACCCGAAUACCACCUUGCCAAAGAGUGUCCUCAUCGCCUGGUGCGGCGAGGGCGUCCCGGAACGGACGAAGGGAUAUUUCACGAGUCAUUUGGCUGCGGUAUCGAAGCUAUUGCACGGCUACCAUGUCCAGGUCACCGCUCGAUCGGAUCGGGAUUUGAGCCCCGAGGCAAUCAUCCAAAAGGUUUCGGAUGCGUCGGGCUCGAAGUACUCCGGUGGCCCUGCCACCAAAUCCUCGAAUGCCCCUCCUCCACCUGCUGCCUCUAAGCCAGUUUUCACUCCUACCCAGAUCGGUGGAAGCUCAAGUGGAUUCAACCCCCUUGGAUCGCGGACGAGGGUAGCCCAACCCUCUGGGCCGACUGAUGGUGACGGAUGGGGGGAAGAUGCCCCUCCGGUUACGAGGUCUCAACUUGAGAAAGUGGCGCCGGCAUACAAGCCUACAAAGGUGGACAUGGCCUCGCUCUCCUCCGGCCGAGAUGAGUCGACGAAACUGCCCUUCCGACAACAGGAAGAUACGAGUGGAGCUCGGAGCGACGUUGUCAAAGGUGCAUACCAACCAGUCGGCAAAGUCGAUAUUGCCGAGCUACGUCGACAAGCUAAGGAAUCUGGGAACGUGCGGGACGAUAGACCUACUGUUGUCAAAGGCUCGUACGAACCGGUCGGCAAAGUCGACAUCGCCGCCAUCCGAGCACGAGCACAAGGUCCUGGCUCUGCGUCGACCUCUCCAGCUAUGAGCCCUGCUGCAACAGGAGGUGACGCCGAUCAGCAACCGAAAUCCUUGUCCGAGCGGUCAUCAGCCUUCAGUCAAUCGGAAAGGCUGACCAGCCUGCCGAAGCCGAAAGUUGCAAACAAAUUCGGAGCAGCUCCUAACUUCGCCGGAACCAAAGCGCCCGCGCCCGGAGGCUUCCAGCCGAAGACAGCCCCUACUGCGGCGCCAGUGGGAAUCGCCAGUCGAACCUUUGCCGACCAGGGUGGCAAGACCCCCGCCCAGCUAUGGGCCGAGAAGAAGGCUCUUGGACGGGGUGAUGCUGUCCCUACUCCUUCUGCCGGCUUCCCCGGCGCGGCUCCGUCCAUUGCCAACCAGAAAAGCGGCGACGGUGGAUGGGAGAGCGGAUACGCGGGGAAAAAAUGGGGAGCGGUCCAGACUACCCGCACCGGGCAGUCGGCCGUCAGCAACACUAGCCAGCCCGAUUCCCGAGCGGAAGCGCCGGAGGAUGAACAGCCCAGUGGUGGUAUCGGAUCGAUCCGUGACCGCUUCAAAGAGGCACCCCCCAUGGGAGUUCCUGCCACUUCUCGCCCCGUCCCCCCGCCGAUGGAACUAUCGACCAAGCCGGCGGCAGAAGAGAUCCCGGCCACUCAAAGGGUCAACGUGCCAAUUCCCCCGCCGCAACCACGAUCCCCGUCGCCCGAGGAAGAGGAAGAGCCCAUGGCCCGUCGACCUAGCUCUCCGAUCCGCGUCGCCAUGCCCGUCGGACGUGGGGCGGUGCCGGAGCCGGAAGAGGAGGAAGAAGAGCCUCCGCGUAUUCCCGUGCAGCCCGUCGCUCAAGCUGCGGUGGCUGCCCGUGAAGUUCCCGCCGAACCCACCGCUCAGGAUGACGAUCCAGCGCGAGGCGCGAGCCACGCCAUCGCAGCGUCAACCUUUGGCCAGGAUGCGCCCACGACGCAGUCGCAGGCCCAAGGCGGCAAAACGGCCAUUGCGCAGUACGAUUACGAGAAGGCGGAAGACAACGAGAUUGAGCUUCGCGAAGGCGCGACGAUCAGCAACAUCGACAUGGUCGAUGAAGAUUGGUGGAUCGGGCAGAAUGAGCAAGGGGAGACGGGGUUGUUCCCGAGCAACUACGUUGAACUGGUCGAAGACGAUGCACCCGGCGCCGCUCCAUCGGCUCCACCGGCUCCACCGGCUGCGGCGCCUCCUGCGACGGAAUCCGGGCCUACUGCUACGGCAAUGUAUGACUACGAAGCCGCCGAAGAAAACGAGCUGAGCUUCCCCGACGGUGCGAAGAUCACUAAUGUGGAAUUCCCGGAUGACGACUGGUGGAUCGGAGAGUUCGGAGGCCACAAGGGCCUCUUCCCCGCGAACUAUGUGGAAUUAGACCAGUAGGUUGGGCUGUGGACACUGCGAUAGCAUCCGAGGAUGCUCCUGGACGCAGUGAUGAAUGGGACCAUUGUGGGCCAAAAGUUAUCUCCCGUCUCCUUUGCGACGACGCGACGCUUAGGAUGUCAUUGAUUGUUCGGGUGGCAGGGGGUUCCGGUUUAGAUGGAUAGUCAUGCGGUAGUCGUCCCGGAUGUCUGCCCUCUUCUUUAGCGUAAAUCAUCACUUGAAUUGGUUG